AUGGUCGCACAAGUUCAAAAGCAAGCUCCAAAAUUCAACAAGACCGCAGUCAUCGAUGGUGUCUUUGAUGAAGUCUCCUUAGAUAAAUAUGCCGGUAAAUACGUCGUUCUAGCGUUCGUCCCAAUGGCUUUCACUUUUGUUUGUCCAACUGAAAUCAUUGCCUUCUCAGAUGCCGCCAAAAGAUUUGAAGAACAAGGUGCUCAAGUUCUUUUCGCUUCCACUGAUUCCGAAUAUUCUUUAUUAGCCUGGACUAAUAUUGCAAGAAAGGAAGGUGGUUUAGGUCCAGUUGAUAUCCCAUUAAUUGCUGAUAAGAACCACUCUCUUUCAAGAGACUACGGUGUUUUGAUUGAAGAAGAAGGUGUCGCUUUAAGAGGUUUAUUUAUCAUUGAUCCAAAGGGUGUCAUCAGACAUAUUACUAUUAACGAUUUGUCUGUUGGUAGAAACGUUGAAGAAGCUUUAAGAUUGGUUGAAGGUUUCCAAUGGACUGAUAAGAAUGGUACUGUUUUGCCAUGUAACUGGACUCCUGGUUCCGCUACCAUCAAGCCAGAUGUUGAUGCUUCCAAGGAAUAUUUCGAAUCCGCUAACAAAUAA